AUGACAGACAUGUUUUCGAGUCCCAAGGACCGGGACAUGAUGGAGGAGCAGGGCGCUACCCACGCCGAGCAGGCCGAGCUCGGCCGGAAUCUCCAGGCAAAAAUUCGAAAUCCCCUCGAGGGCAUUCCUCGCGAGCAGCUCAUGCGUGACGUCGAGGCCUUUGCCGAGUACCGGGGCCUGCAGGAGCAUGUCGAUAUCCUCAAGAAGGGUGCCCUCGUCGCCCAGACACCCGGCGAUCCGGAAUCCAUCGACGGUCCCGAGAAGCUCGACGCCGAAGAGCUCGCCAUCCUCGACGUCGAGAAGAACCACAGGUGGCGCCUACCCUGGAAGCUCUACCUCACCAUCGCCACCUGCUCCAUCGGCGCCGCCGUCCAGGGCUGGGACCAAACCGGCUCCAACGGCGCCAACAUCUUCUUCCCGGCCUACUACGGGCUCGGCGACAGCACCCGAGAUCUCAUCAUCAUCGGUCUGCUCAACGCCGGCCCCUACAUUGGCAGCGCAUUCAUCGGAUGCUGGCUCUCGGAUCCCCUCAACAACUACUUUGGUCGUCGCGGCACCAUCUUCUUCUCCGCCCACUUCUGCAUCUGGCCCGUCAUCGGCUCCGCCUUCUGCCACACCUGGCAGCAGCAGCUGGCUUGCCGCCUUCUCAUGGGCAUCGGCAUGGGGUCCAAGGCCUCGACGGUGCCCAUCUACGCGGCCGAGAACGCGCCCGCGUCCAUUCGAGGUGCCCUCGUCAUGUCGUGGCAGAUGUGGACCGCCUUUGGCAUCCUGCUCGGAACGGCCUUCAACCUGGCCGUCUUCAACGUGCCCAACAUCAACUGGCGUCUCAUGUUCGGAGCACCCUUCAUCCCCGCCGUUCCCUUGCUCGCCCUCAUCUACCUUUGCCCCGAGUCUCCGCGCUGGUACAUGAAGAAGAACCGGUACGCCGACGCGUGGAGGUCCAUGAUCGUCCUGCGCAAUCACCCCAUCCAGGUCGCCCGUGACAUCUACUACAUCAGCGCCCAGCUCGAGAUCGAAAAGGAGCUCGUCGGCAAGUCCAACUACGCCACCCGCUUCACCCAGCUCUUCACCAUCCCCCGCGUCCGUCGCGCCAACUUGGCCGCCUUUACCGUCAUGAUCGCCCAGCAGAUGUGCGGCAUCAACAUCAUCGCCUUCUACUCCACCACCAUCUUCAAGCAGGCCGGCAUGAGCGACUUCAAGGCCAUGAUCGGUUCCUUUGGUUUCGGCCUGGUCAACUGGCUCUUUGCCUUUCCCGCCUUCUGGACCAUCGAUACUUUUGGUCGCCGUAGCUUGCUGCUCUUCACCUUUCCCCAGAUGUUCUGGACCCUCCUCGCCGCCGGCCUCUGCACCCUCAUGCCGCAAGGCACCCCCGACAACCCCAACGACGCGAGGACCGGCCUCGUCUGCCUCUUCGUCUUCCUCUUCGGCGCCUUUUACUCGCCCGGCGAGGGCCCCGUGCCCUUUACGUACUCGGCCGAGGUCUACCCCCUGUCCCACCGCGAGACCGGCAUGGGCUUCGCCGUCGCCACCUGUCUCUUCUGGGCCUCUGUCCUCGGAAUCACCUUUCCCUUCCUGCUGGAGAAGCUGCAGACGGUGGGCGCGUUUGGCCUCUAUGCCGGCUUCAACGUCGUCGCCUUCAUCAUGAUCUUUCUCUGGGUCCCCGAGACGAUGCAGCGCACGCUCGAGGAGCUCGACUGGGUCUUUGCCGUGCCGACGACGACGUUUAUGAAGUACCAGGUCACCCAGACGAUUCCCUGGUUCUUCAAAAAGUACCUCUUCUUCCAGCGUCACGCCACCAGGGAACCCCUCUACCACUUUGAAAAGGUGGCCCGCGCGGACAAGAGGAGCUCGCCGGGCAACCAGGGCAUGAACACGUCAACCUCGGACGAUGACAAGAAGUACUAG